CGUCAUAACAAUCAUCCUGGCUUCUUCGCGAGUCGGCUCGAGGCUGGCAUCCCUCUUUGCCCAGCUACGACCUACCUAUAAUCGACCUUCCUCUCUCCCUGUAUUCAGAGGAAUAACUACAAGCACCAUGGCGCGGAAACAAUACAGGACUCCUCCGCAGGCACCCCCCAGCUUCACCGCUACGAGUACCUCUCUGAUCGACGACGCGAGGUCAAUCUGCAGCAACACGCGAACGCUGCUCGACAAGAUUGCUGCAGAAGUCACACCCGAGACGGCAACCUUCGAGAACGUUAUCCUACCAAUUGCGGAAGAUGAGAAUACGGCCGGGCUGCAAAGCAGAAUCAUCGGCUUUUACCAAGCUGUGUCGGGAGACCCUACUCUGCGCGCUGCAUCGUCAGAGGCUGAGGAGAUCAUAGACGACUUCUCAAUUGAGGCCUCUAUGCGCGAGGACAUCUUCAAGCUUGUCGAUGCGGCAUACAAGAAGAACGAGAAGCUGGACGCCGAGAGUCGAAGGUUGUUAGAGAAGGAGCGGAAAUCAUACAUCAAGAACGGGUUGGGCAUCCCUGCCGGUCCACAACGAGACCGCUUCAAGGAGAUCAAGAAGCGACUGUCGCAGAUCGCGAUUGAGUUCCAGAAGAACUUGAACGAGGAGCUUGGGGGCAUUUGGUUCUCGAAGGCUGAGCUUGCAGGCGUGCCGGAUGAUGUUUUGCAGGGGCUUGAAAAGGGGACGGGAGACAACGAAGGCAAACUCAGGCUUACUUUCAAGUAUCCGGAUUUGUUCCCUACAUUGAAGUUUGCUUUGAAUCCGGAGACCAGGAAAACGGUGUUCAUUUCGAACGAGAAUAAGUGCAACCAAAAUGCCAAACUUUUCUCGGAAGCAAUCAUACUUCGAGAUGAAGCUGCUAGACUCCUCGGUUAUCCUAACUGGGCCUCAUUCAGGAUCGAGGAUAAGAUGUCGAAGACACCUAAGACUGUCAAUGAUUUCCUCGAUGAUUUGAGGGUCCAGCUCGCUCCAGGUGGAGAGAAGGAGACCUCACACUUAAAGGAGAUCAAAGCAGAGGAUCUUAAAGCCCGUGGCUUGGAAAAUACUAAUGAUGGAAACUACUAUCUUUGGGACCAUCGCUUCUACAACCGCCUGAUGGUUGAGAAGGAGUUCUCGAUUGAUGAACAGAAGAUCGCGGAGUAUUUCCCACUACAAUCAACUAUUGAGGGUAUGUUGGGUAUUUUUGAGGAGCUCAUGGGCUUUGUAUUCGUCGAAGUACAACCGGAAGACCGAGCUAAGUUAUCUGAAAACGGAGUGGACGAUAUCUCCUGGCAUGAAGAUGUCAAAAUAUUCACAGUUUGGGACGAUGAAGAGGAAGGCGGCUCUUUCGUCGGCUACCUCUACCUGGACCUACAUCCCCGCGAAGGCAAAUAUGGUCACGCAGCAAACUUUUCAUUGCAGCCAGGCUAUCUCUACCCCGAUGGAACCCGUCGAUACCCUGCCACUGCACUCGUCUGCAACUUUUCCAAGCCGACUGCUACCAAGCCAUCGUUACUGAAACACGACGAGGUAGUCACCCUGUUCCAUGAAUUGGGUCAUGGAAUUCACGAUCUUGCCGGAAGAACCAAAUACUCGAGAUUCCAUGGAACGAGCGUCGUGGGAGAUUUUGUGGAGGCACCAAGUCAAAUGCUCGAAAAUUGGUGUUGGACCCCAAGCGUGCUGAAGAGCUUGAGCAAACACUACAAAACCGGAGAGCAGAUACCGGAUGAAUUGAUUGACAGGCAAAUUGCUGCAAAGCAUGUCAACGAUGCCAUCUUCAACCUGCGCCAACUCCAUUUUGGAAUCUUCGAUAUGACAGUGCACACCCCCAAGUCGCACGAAGAGGCUGAAAGCAUUAACUACUCUGAGCUGUACAAUAACCUGCGAACCCAGAUUGCAGGUCUUAAAGGUCCCGAAGCACUAGGGUUGAAGUCCGAUUGGGGCCACGGGCAAGCUACGUUCGGCCAUCUGAUCGGCGGGUAUGACGCGGGCUAUUACGGAUACUUGAGCAGCCAGGUCUACUCAACAGAUAUGUUCUACAGCGUCUUCAAGAAGGACCCAAUGAGUAAGAAAGAGGGUCGCCGGUACAGACAUAUGGUGCUUGAGAAGGGCGGCAGCCAGGAGGAAAUGAAAACCUUAGAGGAUUUCCUGGGCAGACCUCCCAGCACGAAGGCGUUUUACGAGGACCUGGGAUUGGUUUCCAAGUGAGUAGAUGCAGAUCGAGACUCGAAUAAAAUGAUGCGUUCCUUUUGACCAUUUCUCACUUGAGUCCUCAGAACCUUGCCUCCUCUCUGCGAUGCAGAGCUUCCUUGUACAUCCCGAUACCAGACAACAUGAAUUGAUCCAUAUACUCAGCCUCGCAAAAGGCGAUAAGCGGUAAUGGAUUUCAACUCUUUAGUUUUCUUCAUUUACUUUGACAGGGCAGCGCAAGACAAAGCGACUCCGAAACGCAGCUGAGUUAGAGAGACGACUCGGCUGCGUUUCAGAGCUGGACGAGGUCUAUGCGUUACGAUGUGGUCAGGAUAAGGUAGUGGGGUAUGGGGUUUGCAGGACGC